UGGUAUAUGUGUAUAUGAACAAUACUUUUCUCUUCACGACCAUUCCUUCUUGUCUAAAUAAUACCCCAAAAAUUCACUCUGUACAGUUAUCUCAUAAAAUCAAUGAUUGCCACCACCAAAACUUCAAUCCAGGCAGCCAUAGAAACAAACUAUGACAGAGCGCAAGAGCUAAAGGCUUUUGAUGACACCAAAACUGGUGUCAAAGGACUUGUUGAUGCUGGGAUUGCCAGAGUCCCAAAAAUUUUCAUUCAACCACCAGACAAUCUCAACAAAACCACCAAUCCAAGCAAUACCCAGUUCAAUUUUCCAAUCAUAGACCUUACUGUCAUCGACAAAGAUCCGAUCCGGCGGAGGCAGGUCAUCGAUGAAAUCCGCGAGGCUGCGGAGAAUUGGGGGUUCUUCCAGGUGGUGAACCAUGGUGUUCCAGAGAGUGUGUUGGAGGAGAUGAAGAAAGGUGUUCAUAGGUUUUAUGAGCGGGACAGUGAGGUGAGAAAAGAGUGGUAUACUAGAGAUGUGAAGAAAGCUGUGGUGUAUAAUAGUAAUUUUGAUUUGUUUAGUGCACCAGCUGCUAAUUGGAGGGACACUUUCAAUUGUAGUAUGGCUCCUAAACCCCCAAAUCCAGAGGAAUUGCCCCCUCCUUGCAGAGAUAUUCUAAUGGAGUACUCAAAACAAGUCAUCAAGUUAGGGUGUUGUUUGUUGGAGUUACUCUCAGAGGCGCUUGGGCUGAGUCCAAACCACCUCAAAGACAUUGGUUGCGCCGAGGGGCUCGCCGUGCUGUGCCACUACUACCCAGCAUGCCCUCAGCCGGAGCUCACUGUCGGCACCACCAAACACUCUGACGACGACUUCCUCACUGUGCUGCUGCAGGAUCACAUUGGAGGCCUCCAAGUUCUACACCAAAAUCACUGGGUUGAUUGCCCUCCUACCCCAGGAGCUCUUGUGGUCAAUAUUGGAGAUCUCCUACAGACAUCGAGUGGUUUGACUCUGAUUUGUCUUGGCUAUCUUGUGCUUCUUCUAUUUGAUCUGCCUUGACCGACUCUUUUGGUAUUUCUUCUCCGAUCUGUUGCUGGGCUGACACCAAGUCUUUGGGCCCUCAUAAGACCUCUACAUUACGUUUCUCUUCAUACUUCUAUUUUGGAUCGUUUCUAAAUCAUGAUUUCUUACGUCCCCCACAAUUAUUUAUUUUUUUGAUCUUUUUAUUUAUUUAUAAUUUAUUGUGCAACUAAAAAAUAUAAAAUUAAAAUUAUAGACCAUAAUUCUUCAAUCCAAAGCUAGCCCGAUAAAUAAACGGGUCAAAAUCUCAAAUUGGCUCUGUGAUAUGAACCAAUAUAUUUAGCCAAAAAGUUAGAAAAAGCUUGGCCAAGCUAGAUCGGCCUCCGAGCUAGUAGUCAUCCUUAAUUGUGAUAAAGUAAUUUAGAGACAGAAGAUCUCAUGUCCAUUAAAACUUUUGUAACAAUUACAUUUUCUUCUUUCUUUCACUGUACAAUUCAUUUGAGUGGAUUUUAAGUUCCUCAUACAAAUGCCUAGGCAUUAUAGAAUUUGAAAAAAGUUGAUCUCAAGUUGUUUUGUAGUUGAAAUUCAGUUAAAACAUUUGCAUUGUUGAUUAUGCA